AAAAAAAAAAAAAAAAAAGGGGUUUAAAAAUCCCUGUUACAGUGCCUGGCUUGUGUACUGUGGUAGGGCAGGCUGGGUCUCAUUGAUCAUCGUCACCAUCGUCAACGCAAAUACUAGACAGAGAGGUCAAAUUUCGUCUGAGAAUCCGUUGGCCAUGUCCAGGGCUCGAGUUUACGCGGACAUCAACGUUCACCGCCCCAGAGAUUACUGGGAUUACGAAUCUCUCGCCGUUCAGUGGGGUGAUCAAGAUGAUUAUGAGGUUGUUCGAAAAGUUGGAAGGGGAAAAUACAGCGAGGUCUUUGAAGGUAUAAAUAUCACCAACAAUGAAAAAUGUGUCAUCAAGAUCCUUAAACCUGUCAAGAAAAAGAAAAUAAAGAGAGAGAUUAAAAUAUUGCAGAAUCUUUGUGGAGGCCCAAAUAUCGUGAAGUUGCUUGAUAUUGUCAGAGAUCAGCAUUCAAAAACUCCCAGUUUGAUAUUUGAAUACGUAAACAGUACAGAUUUCAAAAUUCUGUACCCCACACUAUCGGAUUAUGACAUACGCUAUUAUAUAUAUGAGCUCCUCAAGGCAUUGGAUUACUGCCAUUCUCAAGGCAUAAUGCAUAGGGACGUCAAGCCUCACAAUGUUAUGAUUGACCAUGAGCUGCGGAAGCUUCGCUUGAUUGAUUGGGGUCUUGCUGAAUUUUACCAUCCUGGCAAAGAAUACAAUGUACGAGUAGCGUCAAGGUAUUUUAAGGGGCCUGAACUCCUUGUCGAUUUGCAAGACUACGAUUAUUCAUUAGACAUGUGGAGCCUUGGAUGUAUGUUUGCAGGAAUGAUAUUCCGCAAGGAGCCAUUCUUCUAUGGCCAUGACAAUCAUGACCAGUUAGUCAAAAUUGCAAAGGUUCUUGGAACAGAUGAAUUAAAUGCAUAUUUGAACAAGUAUCAUCUCGUGCUUGAUCCUCAGCUUGAUGCUCUUGUUGGGAGGCACAGCAGGAAGCCUUGGUCUAAAUUUAUUAAUGCAGACAACCAGCAUCUUGUUUCACCAGAGGCCAUCGAUUUCCUGGAUAAGCUUCUUCGUUAUGAUCAUCAGGAUAGGCUUACGGCAAGAGAAGCAAUGGCUCAUCCAUACUUCUUUCAGGUGAGAAGUGCUGAAAAUAGCAGGAUCCGGACACAGUAGUAAGGCACAUGUGGGUCCUUUUUAGUGAACUUGUACUAGUCAAGCUUUAUUGAUUGGGGUGAAUUUAUCACCAAAUGAAAUACUAGUUGCCUAAAUUAGGUUCUGGGUGGCAGCUAAAUUUUUUGUAUGCUGGUGUUUAUAAAGUUUAGAUAAGUUUGUGAUUGUAACUCUUAUCUAUUAUAUAUAUAUAUAUAUAUAUAUGGAAUUCCUUU